UUCUUUGAUUCCUUCUUUAUUAUCUUUUUCUUUGGUCGCUUUAUCUAUGAGCUUUUCAGUGUCUUGCUUUUCAUAUUUUGGAGUGUUUCUAAUUUUUGUUUGGUUUCGUGCUCUGAUUAUUGCAUCGAUAGCUUCUUUGACUAAUUUUGGCUAAAUCUUUGUUCCAGUAGAAACCUCUCUCUUGGAACUUCUUUCAUGUGGGCUUCUUUCCGAUGAAUUUGCGGAAAUUCAUUAUUCCUUGAGGCUUUUCUGUGUAUAUCUUCCUCUUAGCAAUUUCAAAGAUUACUCCCACAAGAGUUAAAUGAGGUUAGUAUGUAGAAAGAUUUAACAAUUCGGAUUUUCAUUAAUGUUAUCAUUCUUCUACUUCUUUUGGUUAAAUGAAGAGAAGAGUUAUUGACUAUCAUUCUAACAGGUUCCUCAUCACCUACUGUCAGCACUCUUCAGUAUUUAGGUAGAGUCACAAGGAAGCAUCAAACAGUGUUGGAAUUUUUGGUUCUAUCUAUUACUAUUCUAACCCAGUGACCAUUGAAAGCCAAGACUAACAGAUGCCCUUCCUCCUCGAGUGUGGUUGAUGAUAGGAUAGGGCUUUCUUUGUGGGAUCCAGGAGUAAUGAAUCUUUACAAACUUAUAGAAGGAGCAUUAGUCAGCAUUCACUACUCAGUACCCAUUUCUCAAAGACUCCGGCCAUUUUGAUCAAAAGAGGCUCUGCAAAAGGCUAGAUCUGGGAUUCUUGUUUAUGAAUGAUCUAUUUUCUCUUUUUUUUAGGUUAUACUUAGAUUUUCUUCACAAAGUCCUUUACCUUAUUGUAUGCGGGAUUAGAGCCUUAACCAUCUUUAACAAAUUUCUAAAUUACUUCAAUUGCCAUUGGAAACGUUAGAGGCCCAGCAAAGGUACUGAUCAUAAUCUGUUCUUCAAUUAUCAAGCAUUGGGGCUCAUUGCUGCUCUCAAAAUAGUCCGGUUUCUUCUUCUUUUCUAACUCUUUUAUUUCUUUUGAUAGCCUAAUAAAUGUUGAAGGAGCAAUCGUCAGAACUUGAUCCAAAAUAUUUUUGAAGAGUUUCUGAAUGCUACUUUCUUCAACAUAAUUUUU